ACUUGCUCCAAAGGUAGACGUCUCCUCAGUUACUCUUGGAACAGAGGUUGACUUCCAUACAUAUCAAGUUGAAGGAGACAACGACGACCUUUUGCUCCCCAAACCACCCUCCGAAUCUCUCCACUCAUUCAAUUCUACUAUUGUGAUCGUGAAGUUUUCCUUGACUCCCUCUAGUUGGAGUGGACGUUCAAAGACACGACACCAUGGCAACCUUUCUACGAGCGUCGAGCAACUUGCGCUCUUUGGGCCGCCUCGCGGCUCCAGUGAGAUCUCCUCUCAGGUCCUACGCUAUCCGCACCCUCGCAACGUCUACCGAACCUCGCAAAGCCGCAGCUGCGGCCGCGCAGUCCUACGAGUCACCGCUUUCCGAGACUCCCUAUUUUGCAGAUGAACCUGUUGGCCCAAGAGUCGUCACGCCCAUCCCGGGCCCCAAGAGCCAGAAGGCCAUUGAGGAGCUCCACAAAGUGUUUGACACUCGCAGUCUGAAUAUGAUGGCAAACUACCAGCAGAGUUACGGCAACUAUAUUGCAGACUUGGAUGGAAACGUGCUUCUUGACGUUUAUGCUCAGAUCGCCUCCAUCCCAGUUGGCUAUAGUAAUCCUGCACUGCUGCUAGCAGCACAGUCUCCAGAAAUGGCCUCUGCUUUGAUCAAUCGACCUGCUUUGGGCAAUUUCCCCCAGCACGACUGGGCCUCCAUCCUCGAAACCGGUGUCCUCCGUGUGGCACCCAAAGGCUUGGACCAAGUCUUCACUGCAAUGGCCGGAUCCGACGCCAACGAGACCGCUUACAAGGCUGCUUUUAUGUGGAAACGUCAACAAGAGCGCGGUGGUCCACAUGUGGAAUUCACCGAGGAGGAGACAUUGUCUGCUAUGACAAACCAGAUGCCAGGCUCGCCUCAAAUGUCAAUUCUAUCCUUCAAGACCGGAUUUCACGGCCGUCUGUUUGGAAGUUUGUCCACCACUCGCAGCAAGCCUAUCCACAAACUCGAUAUCCCCGCAUUCGACUGGCCGCAGGCCCCAUUCCCAGUUCUCAAGUAUCCUCUCGAACAGUAUGCCGCAGAAAACGCGGCCGAAGAGAAGCGCUGUCUCGAAGAGACUGAGGAUAUCAUUAAGAACUACCACAACAAGGUGGCUGCCAUCGUGAUUGAACCUAUUCAGUCGGAAGGCGGUGACAAUCACGCCAGCCCAGAAUUCUUCCGUGGCCUUCGCGAGAUCACGCGCCGGAAUGAGGUUCUCAUGAUUGUUGACGAGGUGCAGACUGGCGUGGGAGCUACAGGCAAAUUCUGGGCUCACGACCAUUGGAACUUGCAAGACCCGCCUGAUAUGGUGACAUUCUCUAAGAAGGCCCAGACGGCUGGAUACUACUUUGGCAAUCCCGAUCUCCGACCCAACAAGCCAUACCGGCAAUUCAAUACUUGGAUGGGAGAUCCUGCCCGUGCCAUCCUUUUCCGGGCCAUCAUUCAAGAGAUUGAAAGACUCAACCUCGUGGCCAACACGGCCAAUGUUGGAGAUUAUCUGUUUGCGGGAAUUCAAGCCUUGGCCCAGAAAUAUCCCGACCAUUUCCAAAACCUUCGUGGUAAAGGACAAGGAACUUUCAUUGCCUUUGAUAACCCCAAACGAGACCAGUUCUUGGCCAAGGCUAAGACCUUGGGGAUCAACAUUGGUGGAAGUGGAGCUUCAGCGGUCCGCUUGCGACCCAUGUUGAUCUUCCAGAAGCAUCAUGCUGACAUUCUGCUGGAUGCUUUUGAGAAGCUGGCGAGAUCCUUGUAAUGUGUCUGAUCAAAAGUUGGUCAUUCUCAGUGAUAAUCCGUGCUUCAUGUCCAAACGUUGGGUACAUGGAAAAGGCCAAAGGUCGGUGACCGAGGCGAACGCGAGUUCGCAAGGGUGGCGGUGGGCGGUCUGUAAUUUGUCCAUAGUUGAGCGAUCUGCUCCUGGAGUUUAGGACAGCUUGAUUGAAUAUAAGUCUUCCCAUAUGCAAA